UCCUAAAGGGGGGAGCGGGGGCUCUCUUCAGCCCGAGGUUUGAGUCGAGAGCUCAGUUAACUCCAGGGGACUGGAGGGGGUGGAGUCUGUAGAGCAAUUACUUUCCUCCUCCCCACUAUCCCCGCCUCCGGCUCUCCUCCCACGGAGAAUGGAGGGGGAAGGUAGUGACACGUGUCAAUCAAUUCUCCUCCUAACCUCCUCUUCCCCCCCUCUCUCUCUGGGCGGUGGGGGGGGGGAGCGGGAGAGAGUGGCGCGCGCUUCGGGGCUCGCGCCGAGGGAUCGCGCCCCCGCCUCGUGCCUGCGCCGCCCGUAUGUAAAUGAGGGCGCGUGACGCGGGACGCAGAUGGACAAGGGAAGAGGGAGAAUGGCCGCUGCUGCCGCCGCCGCCGCUGCCGCCGCCGCUCAGUGCCGGAGCCCUCGGUGCGCGGCGGAGAGGAGAGGAUUCCGGCGGGAACUCGAUUCUUGGCGCCACCGCCUCAUGCACUGUGUAGGUUUUGAAAGUAUUUUAGAAGGGCUUUAUGGACCAAGGCUACGAAGAGACCUCAGUUUAUUUGAAGACUGUGAACCAGAAGAGCUGACUGAUUGGUCUAUGGAUGAAAAAUGUUCGUUUUGUAACCUACAGAAAGAAGCAGUCAGUGAUUGUACACCAACUCUUGGUUCUUCACAGUCAACGCCUACAGAGGAACUAUCAUCUCAGGGCCAGUCCAACACUGAUAAGAUUGAAUGCCAAGCAGAAAAUUAUUUAAAUGCACUCUUUCGAAAGAAAGAUCUUCCUCAGAACUGUGAUCCUAACAUUCCCCUAGUUGCUCAGGAAUUAAUGAAAAAGAUGAUACGUCAGUUUGCAAUUGAAUACAUUUCAAAAAGUGGUAAAAUUCAAGAGAAUAGAAAUGGUUCAGUUGGACCAAGUCUAAUAUGUAAAGGUAUCCAAAUGAAUCAAAUAGAAAACUCCCUUCAGGAAGAGCAGGAAGGCCCCCUAGACCUCACUGUGAAUCGAACUCAAGAACAAAAUACUCAACAAGGGGAUGGAGUAUUAGAUCUCUCUACAAAGAAAACCAGCACAAGAUCCGAAGAGUCCUCAACAUGUGAUCCAUCUUCUGAAAAUUCUAUGUCUGGGAGACUACACAGAGACAGAGAGGACUAUGUGGAAAGAAGUGCUGAGUUUGCAGAUGGUUUGCUCUCAAAAGCUUUGAAAGACAUUCAGUCUGGAGCAUUGGACAUAAAUAAAGCAGGCAUACUUUAUGGCAUACCUCAAAAAACUUUACUUCUCCACUUAGAAGCCUUACCAGCAGGAAAGCCUGCAUCUUUUAAAAACAAAACUCGAGAUUUCAAUGAUAGUUACUCAUAUAAAGACAGUAAAGAAACUUGUGCAGUGCUGCAAAAAGUAGCCUUAUGGGCAAGAGCUCAAGCAGAGCGCACAGAAAAAAGUAAACUCAAUCUACUUGAAACCUCAGAAUUAAAAUUCCCAACAGCUUCCAGUUACCUCCACCAGUUAACUCUCCAGAGAAUGGUCACUCAAUUUAAAGAAAAAAAUGAAAGCCUUCAAUAUGAAACUUCAAGUCCUACUGUACAGUUAAAAAUUCCUCAGCUACGAGUAAGUUCUGUUUCAAAACCACAACCUGAUGGUUCUGGUCUUCUGGAUGUUAUGUAUCAAGUUUCCAAAACCUCUUCAGUCUUAGAAGGAUCAGCUCUUCAAAAACUGAAAAAUAUACUCCCUAAACAGAACAAAAUAGAAUGUUCUGGGCCUGUAACUCAUUCAAAUGUUGACUCUUACUUUCUACAUGGGGACCUCUCUCCUUUGUGUCUUAAUUCUAAAAAUGGGACAGUUGAUGGAAACUCUGAAAAUACAGAAGAUGGAUUGGAUCGCAAAGAUAAUAAGCAGCCUAGGAAAAAACGUGGCCGCUAUCGGCAGUAUGAUCAUGAAAUAAUGGAAGAGGCUAUUGCAAUGGUAAUGAGUGGAAAAAUGAGUGUUUCCAAAGCACAAGGGAUUUAUGGGGUACCUCACAGCACUUUAGAAUACAAGGUAAAGGAAAGAUCUGGAACGCUGAAGACUCCGCCGAAGAAGAAACUCCGAUUACCGGACACUGGGUUAUUUAAUAUGACAGAUUCAGGGACUGGCGGCUGCAAAAAUAGCAGCAAGCCUGUGUAGAUUACUUGUUAGCAAAAUGGUGUGUGUGUGCGCGCGCGCGCGUGUGUGUGUGUGUGUGUAUGUGUGCGCACAGGUAUGUAUGUGUGUAUGUCUGUAUACACGUGUGGGAAUUACAUAUGCUCACUUUGACAGGAGACAUGAAAUUUUACAGUUCAAAAACCACAUACAUGCCUUUUUGAAAAAAAAGUUUUAUUCAGGGUUUUCACUGUGGACAGAAUUAUAGAGUUCCUCACUUAAUUCUGAUAGUUUCUAUUUAAUCCUUGUAUAAAUAGGUGAAAAAAAAAUUCAGGUUUUCUUUAGUAGUCAAUAGCAUAAAACGUUGUGGAAAAACAAGUAAAUGUCAUGUGAAGCAUUAUUUUUUAUUGGUGAAGGACCACCCCAGCCAUUCAGUUAAACCAUCUUAUUAUGGAAAUAAAUGAUUAAUGGUUUAUAAACAUUUUACAUAACAAUAUUUACAGUUAUUGUAAGCACCUCAAGUAAAUCAAAGGAAAUUUUUUUAAAAAGAAAAAACUUCUAUCCAUACAAGGAAAAAUGGAUGCAUGCAGUAUUAGUACACUACAGUACAUUCUGUAGAACACAAAAUACAUUCAAAGCAUCCAUUAAAAAUAUAAAAGAAAAUUUAAAUGUAUGUUUUAAUAGGCAAAACAGGACAUUUAUAAUUUACUGUUGGUUUAGCAAGAAAUUGGGGUUUGCAAAAUAUAUACUUAAAAGAACUGACAAAUAUAGUUAACCCCAAGCAGUUCUAGGAUCCUUUUAAUAUAAGAUGGAAUACUAAGAACAUAUAGUAAUUUAAUUAUUAAAAUAACUUAAUUUUCUUUUUAGUUUGAAAAAUAAGCUAACUUGUAAGGUUAGAGAAGAAAGGUUGAAUGCAACUUAGAGCAUGUUUAUAAUGUGCAGAGAAGUUUGAGAAUGGUAAUUUUUGGUUUAAACGUGCUGGUUAGUUGAUGUUAUGACUACUUUUAAAUUUAAUUUAAGGAUUGUGUCACACUCCUACUAUUGAAAAACCUCACUGUAACUUUAAAUGUAUUUGCUGCUGUGACAUUUCAAAACAUUUUCAGUUUAUCAAAAUGAAUAACAGAUUUUCAUUUUGGUGGGCGAUACAUUUUCAUUUUGCUAAUAACCAAAUUUGCAGUUUGUUCAGGGUCUUGAAUAGAAUUACAGAUAUUAAACACUGAAGCUGUUUUGAACUUUCAUUAAUGUAAACUCCUAAUUAAUUGGGUAGUUAGAAGUUGGGUAGUACAUUUUACCUUUUAUUAGAUACUAGGAGAGACCAAUUACUUUCAUAUAGCAGUUUAAAAAAAAAAGUAUCCAUUUUGGAUUUUAAAGGAAUAUGCAGUUUGGGUAAUGUUAUAAAAGCAAAUCCCUGCAUGAAAAGUAGAGAUUUUCUUAUAUAACUUCAGUCCUGAACUAAUGUCCUUUUUCUGUGUUAAGAUUCAGGUUUAGAUGACUUUUCUAAUACAGUUUUCCUAAGUCCAAAAGCAGGGCUUUUAAGUGACUUUUAAAGAAAAGUACUGACUCAAAUACUUGGGUUUUUACACUUGUGUUUGUGAAGGUUAAUGCUCACAUGUAUAAUAAUACUUGAGUAUUCGAUCAUUAACCUUAAAAACUGCUCAUAUAUUUUAAAGAAACAAAUAAGAAAAUAAAUGGCACAACCAAGUUGUUAGUUAUUUGGUCUCUUAGGUCUAUAUUGAACCCUCUUCAACUAUUGUUACCUAUAGAAUAGGUAAUAGGAUAUGAAUCCUUACAUACUUUUUUAAAGGAAAUGCUAUACCUAAUAGAUUACAAAACAGCAGAUGUCAGGGUCAUCUUUCUUUUUAAAGAAUUAAGCCAUAUUUUGUGAGGGCCAGAAUGAUGAUCGAUUAUUUAAUAUAUCCCCUCCCAUUGCAAAAACAAGUUGAAAGUAAAAUAAAAGUUUCAAUUUUGUGACCUCUUUAUAUAGAAUUUUACUUGCAAAACUUUGGGGACUUGAAUGCGUUGCCUAAUAUUUAUAUUGUACUGACCUUUUUUAUUCCUCACACUAUAUUUACAUUAAAUAAAUUGAUUGAGAAGUUUAUAGUAAAGGGAAGAGAUGCAGUACACUUUUUAUAUCAUUUAAAAGAUGACCUGACCAAAAAUUGACAGGAUUCAUAAAAUCAGGGAUCAUUUUACUAUUGACUUCACAGUGAUCAGUAGUUUUAUAGGUAAUAUUAUAGUUAAUUUGCAGCAUUUUAGUACUUGCAUUAUUUAUUUUUGGUCAGAAAUAGUAUAUUAAAAUAUUUUUUGAUAGUCUAUAGAUAAUGAUCAACCCAUAACCGUUUUAAAAGAAGCAAAAUGUGUUUGUUUCUGAUUAUUGGGCUAACCUCUGAUUUUACAAACAAGGAAAGGCAGGGAAAUUUAUGGGUUCCCCUUCUCCCCAGUGUAUUCCAUUAAAAUGUUCUUUAUGUUAUUUACGUUUGAACUACUUUAUAAUUCAGUUACCAGUCACUACUUAAUUAAUUGACAAUUUUCUGAAAAAUCCAGUUUCAGCAGACCUUUAAAUGAAGGUGAAAGCAACCCCUAUUGUGCUUUCUACUUAUUUGAAUGUUUCUCAAGUAUUUUAUAUUAAAAAAAAAAAACAAAAACAAAAAACAGUGCCUCUGUUUUUAGAACUACUGCUCAGUAAAGUUGUUUAAACCAUUUCUGGUAGCUAAUGACAAUUUUAUAUUAAAUUGUAUACUAACUUUAGUGAGACUGAUUUUUUUUAGUUGUUUACAGUACAAAUACUUGUAUUUGUUUUUUAAUUGCAGUAUUUCCAUUGUCGCAGUAAUUUAGUAAAACUCUGUGGCUGCCUUGAUUUUGACAGAUUUUGUUAAUAUAAACUGAUUUUUAGGCAAUUAGUUAUAUUUAUGCAUAAAUCAAUUGCACUAUAAUUCAUGAAUUAUUUAUUACAAUAUUUUCUAAUGAAUUCCAUGUAUCUGUCUUGUGUUGUAAAUGUACUGUAAUUCUGUUCCUUCUUUGUGUUGUUAUAUACCUAAAUCUGAUUGUAUGAAUUUUAAUUGUUCAGUUAACGUGUUUCUAGGUUGUAAUUUGUAGUAAAGCACUUCAAUGCUUUUGCACAUAAAUUUACAACACUGGUGUGUGAUUGAUUUGCUCAUUCAGUAAAAAAGAAGAGAAAAAAUGACUACAUUGUUGUAUUUGACUCACUUCUAGGGAACAGAUUUACUAAAGCUAAAUAAAAAUAAGUUUACUUAAUAGAAAUAUUUCAAUAAUAACUUGUAGUAUACAGAAUAAAUAGUAACAAUAAAUAAAGGUUAUUAAAUGUUUUUGUUGAUAACUCAAAAAGAAUAUCUCUAGUAAAAAUUCAUGUACCAAAAGAAAGCCCCAAAAAACUAAUAUAGAAGGAGUUUGUAUGGAAAACUAUUUGGUAGUAUUUCACAUUAUCAUUUAGGAAUAUAUUCUUUCCUUUAAGUUUUCAUGUUUCUCAUACUAGUUUCUUUGAGAUUCCAGUAUCAAAGGUACUGUAAAAAGAAGAGUAAUAUAAAUAAGCAAUUUAUACUGUUCCAUAUAUUUUAAGUGCAUUUUUAAAGGGAAGAUUAAACAAGAAAGCAUCCAUUUUUUUAACUGUAUAGUUUGCCUUUGAAAAGCUGAAAAAGAGUUUGUUACAUGAACAUCUUUAAAUAUUUGAAUAUUCUUUAAGUGAAAUAAAAAGCCUGUUUUUAUCUUCUACUUGAUUUUAUAGCAUUUGGCCAUUUCAAAAACUAGUACCCCAGAAGACAUUAAAUGAAUUCAUUGAAAUCUAAUAUAUUUUCUUGGAAAGCAUGCAGUCAGUUCUCUGCAUUCAUCCGUUAGCUAUGUUUUAUAUACUCUGUGUGUAUACAUAUACAUAUAUAUACACAGAUGUGUAUAUAUAUACACAUACAUAUAUACAUUUCUUACACAUGUAAACACACAAAAUUAUUAAACUAUGAAUUAAUGUACAUCUUCAGUUUUGCUAACUUUCGAAAUAUAAAGCCACUUUUCUUAAAGCAUAGAAAAAUAUUAGAAAUCAUAUAUCCAGAGUUACUAUUUUAAUUUUCUUUUCCAUCUUCUCCUAUGUAUAUCAUUACAUAUAGUUGUCUGUUAAUGAAACAGGCGACAGUGCCAUUAUUACAAACUACACAGUUUGAUGUUUAUCCCUAAUUAUUUUUAAACAGGUCAAGUUCCCCAGUAUCAAAUUAUUUCCCCCAAGGAAACUGGAAAUUUCAGUGUAUUUACUUACUUAUGUUGUGAUUCUUUCUACUUUGAUAUCAAUUUGUUAUAAAUAGUAUAAUAAAUUCACACCAGCAUGAAAAGGAAUUUAGUGAGUACUAAAAGUUGAUUUAUUUUUUUAAAAAGACAUUUCCUAAAUUUGUUGAAGCACAUUUUUUCUAUAUUUAUAACAAAAAUAAAAUGUACUUUAGAUGAACUAUUCCAAUCUACAUGUAUCUGUUAGGCAUGAUGUGGGGUAUUUGUAAUGGGCAAAUAAUAAACGUUUACAUUUAAUGUCAUUUUAAUACACAAUAAAUAUGUGUAAUUA